CUCCCACAGUAAGUGUCGAGACCGUUAUAGAAUUAACACAUACUACCCUCUUCUCGCUUUCCAAAGAUGGGAUCAGCUCUCAACCUUUCCUUGACUACGAUUGAUUCUGACGUGAUACAACAUGUGACGAAGACUUCAUCUGGGUGUACAGUGAGAAGUUAUAGCCAUGAUACAGGCUCUGGUCCCGUCCUUUGUAUGGUACAUGGCUACCCGCAGAGUUCUUAUAUGUACAUUCUGUCAUUCUCCCAACCAGCCCGAGCUGAACGAAGUAGGUGGCGGCACGUUGUCCCAAUGCUGAAGGAUAAGUUCUCCAUGUUCGCUCCGGAACUUCCAGGUUAUGGCAUCAGCUCUCUUCCUGCCAAAUCCGACAAGCGGACCGUUGGCGGCAUUUUAAUGGAAGCGCUGCAGUCUGUCUUCGGCAAGGAGCGGUCCAUCAUCUGGUGCAGUCACGAUCGGGGUGCACGGGUGGGUCAUCGACUUGCUGUCGACAACAAGCCUGAGCAUAAGAUCAUUGCGGCUAUCUUCAUGGACAUCGUUCCCACAGCCGAGCAAUGGCGCGUAUUCGCAAAUCCUGCCGCAGCAGUUGCCUAUUAUCACUGGCCUUUUCUUGCGGGACCUACAGCUCCGCAGUUGAUCGAAGCAAUGGGCGGCCGUGUCUACUGCCAGGAUAAUCUGAAUCGCUCGAAAGGCGCGAAUGAGGCCGGUGCGGCUCGACUCCGUGAGAAUGACGCUGUAGACCAUUACUGCACUCUGUUUGACAAAGCCGAAACCAUUAGCGGAAGCUGUGCUGAUUACGCUGCCGGCGCGUUCGAAGACGUGGUGGAACAAGAAAAGGAUCAACAGGCAGGUAGGAAGGUGACCGUACCAACAAUGGUCAUAUACUCCAAGAAGAACCUGGGCAGAAUGCAUGAUGUGGAAGGUGUGUGGAAGAAGUGGGUGGACGGUGACUUGCGAGGGGAAGCUAUUCCGAACGGUUAUGGGCACUACUUACCGGAAGAGUGUCCGGAGGAAGUAGCUAAGCUGGUACUCGACUUUGCUGGCAACUAUGCAAAACAAUAGACACAUGGAUACAAUGCGAAGUCUGCACUACUGAAC